AUGUCUUUCACAGAUGAGGAGCUUGACCGCAACUGGCAGCCCAACGGCCGACGCCCUCAGUCAACGAUUGCCAGAAACUUCCAAUUGGAGCUGGAGGACAUCUUCAAUCUCGACGAAACCAAGGCUGAGCUCCAGCAGUCGUACGACACGAGAAAAUACAACAUCAACAAAAACACCGAAGAGCUCACCUCACUAGAGGCCCGCCUCCGCGAAAUGGAACAGCGCCUCAACGCCGCUCUCCCGGCCGACCAGAAGGGAUCCGCAGCCUCGACCCCCAAGCAAGAAGCCUCGUCUCUCUCUGCAGCUCCCACAGACGACAGUAAGUCCAGGUCGCGGCCAGGAACCGCUCGGCCGACCCAGCAAGCCCCCAGCUCUGGUGACAUGCCUCCAACCCCCGGGGCCAGUGAAGGUGAAUAUUACGUUGUCACUCGAGCCGAUUUAAUGGACGACGGCCCCCGCUGA